AUGUCUCCGACGAUCCUCUCCGUGUUCUGCCUCCUCCUUGUUCUCCAGGCAGCUGCCCGUGUGGAGUCUGGAACAAACUGGUACAAUAUGUUCAUGUUCGGCGACUCGUUUGCUGACACCGGGAACAGCCCGGGAUCGGGUACCGGCGUGCCGACGCGCCUGUCGCGUGCGUGGUUCGAUCCCUACGGGUUAAAUUAUGAGGACUAUAAUGGGCACUGGCAGGGGUUGAGUCCAAGCGGCCGCUUCUCCGAUUUCAUGGUUCAGUCUGAUGUUAUUGCAAAGAUUAUGGGGUUUCAUGAAGCCGCUCCAGCGUACAAGCAAUCUAAUAAUUUUUGCCACCCGUACGGCAUGACCUUGGCCACCGUCGGAGCCGGCGUGUUCUACACGCCCGACGAGACGCCGACGCUUGGCGAGCAGGUCGACACCUUCAAGAGGUUAAUGUACGAUGGAUUCAUCUCGAGUACGCGCCUCGACGGUGCAUUCCUGUUCGUAGCCAUCUCCGGCAACGACUACAUUCCGAAGAUUAACCUCUUCGGCAACACCAGCACUAAUAGUAUCAUCCCAUUGACCCCUUACAUCGAGAACGUGACGAACGAGAUCGUCGCCAACGUGCACCGCCUGCAGAAGCUCGGGGCGCAAAAGAUUCUUGUUAACAAUAUGCACCCGCUCGGUUGCAUGCCUCGGCACACCAGGGUGAAUAACCACACACGUUGCGAAAGCCACGGCAACUUUAUCGCGACCGCUCACAACAGCAUGCUGCAACAGAAGUUGGGCAAUAACAGCAACGUCCUUAUACUCGACCUCUACACGGCCUUCACAAACGUCAUCAAUAACCAGACACCAGAUUCGCAGCGGUUCACGUUUAAGUUGGCGCCGAGCUGCGAAGCCAAUGAACCUGAGGGGUUCUGUGGCUACCGCGAUGGCAGCCUGCAUCAUUUUUACGUGCUGGAUGAGGAUCAUCUCUUCAAACACUUCUACUGGGACGACAUGCACCCGACGAGUGCAGGCUGGAAGGCUGUGAUGAAGCAGCUUGAAGGCUCCAUCAAAUCGUUCAUGUCAUAGUUGCAUGGCUUUGGAUUUUUUAUCAGUUCUUUUAGCUUCUAGCUUUGGUCGCAAGAUUGUGCCAUAU